AUGGCUGCUCAAGCCACAAAAAGGAAGACCUCAGGUCCUUUGGAGGAGGCAGUUGUUUCUCAAUCAAUUGACGACAAAACGUACGACGACGAAGAGGAAGACCAGUCCUACAGAGCGCAUGAAGAUUCCUCAGAUAAUGACGACGAUGUCAAUACACCAGUCACCCCAUUUUCACCAGCCUCAAGAGAGAAGUUUCCAUCAGAACGCAAGAGACUUCAAUGUACCUUUCCAGGCUGCGACAAGACGUUCAACAGACCCAUCAGAUUGGAAACGCAUAUGAACAUACAUACUAACGAGCGAACUUUCAAAUGCAGUUAUGAAGGCUGCGCCAAGUCGUAUUUUGAGAAGAAGCAUCUGGAUGCGCAUAUACGGGGCUCUCAUACGAAGGACAAGAGCUACAAUUGCGAAUGGGAAGGAUGUGGGAAGAGUUUCUUAACCAACACCAGACUCAAGCGACAUAUGGAAACACAUAAAGGAAAUGACCGAUUUGUGUGCACUGGAUACCCUGGCUGCAACAAAGCCUUUCGCAAACAUCAAACCCUCCAACGUCAUAUCCGAUCUGAUCAUCUUCAACUCUAUCCUUAUCCUUGUACAUUCGUUGAUCCUAUUACUGGUGUCCCUUGUGGUGCUGGCUAUGAAGGUGCAACAGCACUUAAGCUUCACGAGAAACGUGUACAUGCCACUCCAUUUCUCUGUACAGAAUGUGUUAUUCCAGGUUCUUUUAAGCCUGACGGAACACCAGCAAACCUAGGUUUCAGCACUGAGAACCAACUCAACUCUCAUAUUGAAAGAACGCACUCUAACCGCAAGUGCUGUGCAUUUUGUGAAAAGAAAUUCAACCGCAAGCAAGAUCUGCACAGGCAUCUUGAAGCACAACAUUCAGGAAAGACUGUUGAAGAAAGAAGGACCUUCAAAUGCCAAUUCACGGAUUGCGACAAAGCAUAUACGAAGCAAUACAGUCUCAUGUUGCAUAUCAGAGCUUCCCAUGAAGGUGAACGCUAUAUCUGCGGUACCUAUGACUUUAGCCACAUCCCAAACCUCGCUGGUUUUGAUAAGGAAGACGCUUGUGGAAAGGAUUUUGCAACAAAAGCCAAUUUGGAAAAUCACAUUCGCUCUGCCCAUUUGGGUAUGUCUUGGCAAGUAAUUGUCCCACGUAAAAACCAAAUGAGAAAGAGAAAGAGGAGAUCUGAGGUUGAGGAAGAAGACAUUGAUGAUGACGAUGAAUCAGACUGCGAUGAGGACCAAGAUUAUGAAAUGCUAGACCUUGAAGUAGGAAGGAUAAAGAAGCCAAAGAAGAAAAAGGGAAAAAAGAACAACCUUUCAGCAAUUGAUGAGCUUAUUGGGAACUCCUACGCCAACGACCCAAAGCGAAAAAUUCCUUGUACGGUACCCGGAUGUCCUCAUAAAUUCAUUCGAGAAUACGAUCGGGUAUUUCACAUGGGCACUUUUCAUUCCGAGAACCCAUCUUUUAACGAAGAAGUUGAUACCACGGUGUUUGAACAGAAUAUGCUUUCCCAGGAGGGCUGUAUCAACGAUAUGAAUUCGGCGGCUAUCGAGCUCGAAACACCACUUCAGCAACAAGAUCAUUGGAGUAUGGGACUUGAGCAGUCAUUCUUGAACCAGAGCGAUAACUUCUGGCUCGGUGGUGGAGAAUUUACUCCUGCUCAUACCCCUGGCGGAGAUUUUCAAUGGGCACAUGAAGAAGCUGAGAUGAGAACCUUGAUUGACCCUGCUAGCUUUGCUAGCAACGGUGGAUUUAGUAAUGCUAACGAUAACGAACCCGUUGGUUCUGGGCAAGCUGUGAAUUUCGAGGGACCUAUUGAUCCCGUUUUGAUGGGUUUGUAA